UGCAUGGGUCUGUUAAGCCUCACAUCCUGUGCCUCAGCAACCCAGAACAAAGGAAGGACUGGCCACAUUCAGAAGACCGCAAGUAAAACCUGCUCAUCAGACUUGGAGAAGACAGAGUUACAGCCUGCGGCAGGGGCUUCUGGGAGCUCCGCAGGGACCGGCUGGAAGGUCCACAGUCCAGCACCAUCAUGAUUCCACAAGUGGUGACCAGAGAGACUGUUACAGUGAUCAGAUCCAAUGGAACCAAUGUUGCCGAACUAGGGCAGCCUCAACCCACCUACCAGAUGGACUAUAGCCUGAAGAAACACCUCAGGGCAGAAAUCAAAGUUGUUGCGGCGAUCCAGAUCCUGUGUGGAGUGAUGGUGUUUAGUUUGGGAAUCAUUUUGGCAUGUUCUCCCUCCUCCCCAUAUUUUACCCCAAUGUUUACUUCCCUGAUAAAAUCAGCCUACCCAUUCGUCGGAUCCAUGUGUUUCAUCGCUUCUGGAUGUCUAUCAAUCACCACAGAUAAGAUGUCAAGUAAACAUUUGGUUCACAGCAGCCUCGCCAUAAACAUUGGGAGCUCUCUGUUUGGUCUUAUGGGUUUCAUUCUCCUCUCUUACAACUUGAGUGACUUGGAUUCUGCCUUACAGAAGUGUGAACAGAGCCCUCACCCAACUAGUUCUUAUUCCUAUUAUCCUAUAAGCAGAAACAAUGCAUGCUACAUGGCCAAGACCAGUCUGGCUGGUACCCUGGGUUUGAUGCUAGUCUGUACGCUGGUGGAGCUGGGCCUGGCUGUCCUGUCUGCUGUGCUGUGGUGGAAGCAGUCUAAGGAUAAUUUCCCUGAGAGUGUGCAUUUUGUGUCCCAGAGUGUGUACGAUAAACUCAACUUCUCCAACCAGGAGUCAUCUCAACCUGCAUACCAGGAACUACUGAGGAAUUAAGAACAAAAAAAGGGGAAAAUAUUGAGCAGAACAUUCAUGUAGACUGUCUAACCACCAUGAAAGCAAUUCUUGACUUCUGUAAAAUGUAGGUCAUUUGUAUAGUGAAUAUUAAAAAAAUGGUUGAAUGUA